ACUAUAAAUAGGGCAUCUCUGGUUCUGUUAGUUCACUCUAGUCAGAAGGCGAUUUUCUUCCCGAUAUGUCUGGGCGCGGGAAGCAGGGCGGCAAGGCGCGCGCCAAGGCCAAGACGCGCUCGUCGCGGGCCGGGCUGCAGUUCCCCGUGGGCCGCGUGCACCGCCUGCUGCGCAAGGGCAACUACGCCGAGCGGGUCGGCGCCGGCGCGCCCGUGUACCUGGCGGCCGUGCUGGAGUACCUGACUGCCGAGAUCCUGGAGCUGGCGGGCAACGCGGCGCGCGACAACAAGAAGACGCGCAUCAUCCCGCGCCACCUGCAGCUGGCCAUCCGCAACGACGAGGAGCUCAACAAGCUGCUGGGCAAGGUGACCAUCGCGCAGGGCGGCGUGCUGCCCAACAUCCAGGCCGUGCUGCUGCCCAAGAAGACCGAGAGCCACCACAAGGCCAAGGGCAAGUGAACUGCAAGAUUCGGAUCUUUUUCAACUUCAACCAAAGGCUCUUUUCAGAGCCACCCACAUUUCCACUAAAAGGGCUUGCCUGUUUCGUGUUGUAACCACUACUUAAAAGGGACUUCUAGUACAGUUGUCAUGUCAGUACAUAAACAUCCUUGAAAGGAGACACUAACUAUACAUUAGAAAGUUGAAUACGUGUCAUCAUCACAGUAAAACGGACACUUACUGUGUGUCAAGUGAGUAAUGUGAUACCUCAGACCCUCGGGGUAAAAUACCUCAGGAUUAAAAGUGAAGU